AUGUCCGAUCAGGAACUCCAAAAUGAACCCUUGUACCAUGGUGCACUGCCACUCGAGGAUAUCAGUGCUCUCGUAGCUGCUCAAGGAGAUUUCCUCAUACGGGAACUUGAGCCUGAAGAAGGACGAGCUCCAAUGCCAUGCUUAACGGUUCGCCUCAAAUCGCAAUUGAAAGACUAUCCAAUUCACACUGUACAAGCAGGCGAUGCAAUAUUGUUUACUAUCGAUGGCACAACUAAGGCAACUUCCGUUAUUAGCCUUGCGCAGUGA